UGGACUGGACAAUCUGUCGGGUCCCUUCCAGCUCCCCGGUUCCAAGAUAUACAGGAAUCAUCACUUUGUCCCAGGAAAUGGGAUAACAUUCCAGGCCAUCCUGCUUGUUGUUUCUCUGUUAGGAAUCUUGCUUGUUAAUAGUGUUGACUCUGGCACCCCCUGCUGCCGUCCCGGCGCUUAAUAUGGAUGCCAAGGAUGGGGCUUGUUUGUUUUCUGUAGAGGCAUCCAUCUUUCUCCCGGUUACCUCAGGCACAGAAUGUGGCAGGAUCUCCUCUCACCGGCCCAAAGGCUCAAAUUUUGGCCCCAACCCAGUUCCUGCCUCCAAAUGCAUUUCCUUCUUCGGGUGAAGCUCUGAGUGUCGGUGCCGGAACCGCAGGGUCGUUGGCUAUGCAGGCAGGAAUCUCACAGGGCCAGUUUCCUGGUGCAGCUGUUCCUCCCCUCAGACCACACUACGGCCGGCUCUCCGACCCUGCGCUUCCCGCCGCCGUUCCUUCGGCCAGCGUGCUCGUUCCUUGGCCCCAGGCUCCUCUCUGGUUUGCCGCUCCGCAGGCAGCGGUCGCUGCUGGUCAGACAGGACCGAAAUCCUUCGUUGGCAUGAUACCCAUCCCAGCAGCCGGCCUGGAUCCGGUUGUGGCAUGGACGCCAAGCGUGCUUUCCUUGAGGCAACCAAGAGAGAGAAACAGGGGCGUAAAUAGCAGCGCAGCUCAUGACCCCAGGGCGGUCUCCGCCUGCGCCAAUCCCGGGACUGUUUUGGCUCCUGUCAGCUCUGGACCCUUAGCCCAGGCCGGUGCAAAUCAAAUGCAUGUGGUGGCAGGAGGAAGAAGAGACCAAGAAACGAGUGUGAUCUCAGAGCCGCCUUUCCCAACUUCACUGGGGACUGCAAACCUAUUAAUGAAAGAUGGCACCAGUUACAGCAUUCCAGGAAACCCCACUGGCAGUGUAUCAGGCUCCGGAUUUCCUUCAGAUCCUGGAGUGAGAAGAACCUGGCGCGAGGAAAUUACACUGGAGGAGCGCCACCACUUAGUACAGAAGUUGUAA